AUGCCUUCUUCCUUCUGGCGUUUCGCACCCGCCUUCGCGCUGUUGGCUUCUAGAGUCCUCGCAGACAAUCCCAUCAGUCCUGGCUUCGCCUAUGGUUCGGAGAAGGUUCGUGGUGUUAAUCUUGGAGGCUGGCUUGUGCUCGAACCCUGGAUCACACCCAGCAUCUUUGAUAACACCGGAAACGAGAACAUCGUUGACGAGUGGACCUUCUGCCUUUACCAGGACACCGCCACAGCCACCGGUGUCUUGCAAAACCACUGGAGCACUUGGAUCACGGAGCAGGACCUGGCGGACAUUGCAGCCGCGGGAUUGAACCAUGUUCGCAUCCCAAUUGGAUAUUGGGCGUUUGAAGUAGGCCCUGGGGAGCCUUACAUUCAAGGACAGCUCCUGUAUCUGCAGGACGCCGUAGCGUGGGCGGGGAACCAAGGUCUGAAGGUCAUUGUCGACCUUCAUGGCGCUCCAGGCAGCCAAAAUGGAUAUGAUAACUCGGGGGAGAGGCUGUCGUAUCCCGGUUGGCAAUCAAAUUCGACGAACAUCCAGAGGACGGAUGCUGUCAUUAAGACGAUUAUCUCAUUGUUCGCUAACAUACCAAAUGUGGUCCCGAUCGUCGCUCCCCUGAACGAGCCUGCUGGAUAUUAUGGCGAUACCGUCCUCACGCCUCUCAGGCAGUACUAUUACGAUUCAUAUGGGAACAUCAGAUACCCGUACGGAAAUUCCCAAGAGAGCAACACCGUGGUUCUCCUCCACGACGCGUUCCAACCACUGAGUUACUGGUCAGGCUUCCAGACGGCGCCAGGCUGGCAAGGGGUCGCAAUGGACACGCACAUCUAUCAGAUGUUCUCCGACUCGGAAGUCGCGUAUUCGGAUGCGCAGCAUAUCUCGGCGGCUUGCGGGAUGGCCUCCUCGCUCGCGAACUUCGAUCUGUGGUUGAUUGUCGGAGAGUGGACUGCCGCGUCGACUGACUGUGCGACUUACCUGAAUGGACGCGGCAUUGGUGCACGCUACGACGGGACAUACUCUGGCUCGACAUACGUUGGGAGCUGCUCGGGCCUGACGGGCGAUGCGACGUCGUUCAGCAGCUCGUACAUGACCUUCCUCUCGCAGUACUGGUCAGCCCAGGUCGUCACUUGGGAAGCUAACACCUCCGGAUGGGUUUAUUGGACAUGGAAGACGGAGAGCGCGGAUGACUGGUCAUACCAAGUCGGCCUACAGUACGGCUGGAUACCCUCAAAUGCCGCCAACGUCCCGUAUCCCAAUAUCUGCUCGUGA